AUGGCAACGACGGCGGAGGAAAUCAGCGGUCUGCUGGACGAAAACGAGAACAUGCUGAUCGGGGAGCUGCAGGGAAAGUAUGACUUCAUAAAUUUCAACGAAAUGAAAAAUUACAAAGAAAAGAAGUUCCACCAUGAGUUAACAUUAGAAGUACAAAAAUUUAUUAACAAUAAAAAUGUCCAAGUGAAAGAUAAAUUUAGACUUUUCUACACAUACCUCUCCCCCUUGAUGAGUAAGUUGAAGAAAACGAUAUAUGCAGAGUUGCUUUACAUCGUGACGGCCAAGUUUGAUGCUAAUUGGACUAUCACCUAUUUGAAAGAAUCAGAAAAGAAUUUAGAAAAUGAUAAAGAUGCUAUCAUUAUAUAUAGAUGUAUCCGCAUACUGAAGUAUAUCGAAUUAGGCGAUUUUAAAAGUUGCGAAAAUGAAAUCGAGAGUACCAAAAAUCUACUCCAAGGGGUCAUAGGAUUAAAUAUAGUAGCACAUAAAUUUUACAAUUUUGCUAUUAUGAAUUAUUAUAAAAUAUUAAGUAAGUCAGACUUGUUCGUUAAGUAUGCUUUACUGUACUUAGCAUAUACUCCGUUGAAUGAUUUGGAUGAAGUGGAGAAAAUCGAUAUAGAUGUGUAUAAUAUAGGGGAGAUCAUCCAGCUGCCACUCAUCAAUGUAUGCUUAAAAAACAACGAACAAACGAAUUGGCUGUAUCAGCUAAUUUAUGUUUACAAUGAAGGGAAUAUUGAAAUUUUUAACCAAGUGGUACAGACUUACGAAGAGAAUAUUAAGAAUUCGCUUCUCAAAGAUUAUGAGAGGAAUAUGCUAAAAAAAAUUACUCUCCUUGCUCUCAUGGAUUUAGCUUUUAAAAAAAAAAAACAAAGAUCGGAUAUUUCGUUUGAAGAAAUUGCACAACAUUGCAAAGUGGAUGUGAACGAAGUGGAGAAAAUGCUCAUAACAGCUAAGAGUAAAAAUAUUAUUACUUGUCAAAUUGACGAAAUUCAAAAGUCAGUGAAGAUUAUGUGGGUGAAGCCACGAGUGCUCAACGAUGAAAAAAUUUUCUUUAUGAAGGAGAGCAUAGACAAGUGGAUCACGCAUUCGAAGAACUUGCUCACCUACAUGGAGGACCUCUCUGUCGAGCUGCUGAUAUCGUAG